AUGGACGAUUCUUACUUCGUGCUCAACGUCAGGCAAGAGCAGCAUAGGGCACAGUUUAACUUCGAUGCUAUACCACUCACCAGAAUCUGUAAAAUCUCUAUGUACGGUAGGGGUGGAACUACACUAAUGUUUACAACCCGUAUUUCAUCAAAAAAGCUCGGAGAAGGUGUAGUGGAGGCCCACAAGGACUUUGUCAAGGAAUCUCCCACAUUUUUCGCCUUUUUCAAGAAAGAAAAUCGAUCAAAGAAUCUCAAACAAGAUGGUUCGCACUUGACUGUUUUUCUCUACGACUACAGUCGAGUGGUGCUGUCUGGCGGCGAUGGCGACUACUAUCAUGCAUCCUACGUUGACGGAUGUGUCAAAAAAAAUCAGUACAUUAUGGCUCAAGCUCCGUUCGAUAGCGACACACAGGCGGAUUUCUUUCGAAUGCUCAGCCAAGUACAGAUCGACGCAUUAGUUGUGAUGGGCGAUCCCAGUGAUGAAACCUUCAAGUUUCUGUUCCCUGAAGACGGUACCUAUGGAGAUGUAUCGGUGAGAAUAGAAAGCGGAGAUGAAGCUGAAGGAUACGUCCUUCGAAAUUUAACUGUAAACAAAGUAGAAUUAAAAGCGUAUUGUAUUACGAGCUGGACUGUCGAUUCUGAGCCACCAAAAGGAUUUCUGGGCAUCCACGAAAAGAUUCGGAGUGCAAUAGGGUUAAAUCUAAAAAACGCCCUAAUGCUGAUCUGUAAGGACGGCUGUGCUCGAAGUGGCCUUUUCUGCUUACUGGAUACCGAAUCGGAGAGGCUCCGAACCAAAGGACGGCUUAGAUUCACGGAAACUGUAAAACAUAUACGUUUCCAUCGAAGCAAUUGCUUUGACACCCAAGAACUAUUUGAAGCUGGCUGGUCAAUGGUCAUGGAACUUGCCAAGCAGAAGAAGAGCCCAUAA